UGGUGUAAUUUAGCUUUGGGGAAGGACAUACCAAUCACACAUUUUGCCCACUGGCGACUGCAUGCAGAUAUGAUACCUAACCUGAAUGUUUAGUCUAUUCGUCUAUCAAUGAGAAGAGGACAUCUCUGAAGCCCGGGAUGGAAUACAUUUCAACAGCAGUGAAAGUUCUCUUUCUUUUCUUUUUCCACCUCGGACUGUAUCUUGUUCAAAGCAAAAGUCUGGAGUGGAGCAACGUGUCACGCGGUUUUUCGUUUCAGUAUUUACACCAAACGAGAGGCGGAGUACGGAAGAGAAACAAACUAAACGGAAACCAAUAAUUAUCUAGGAGGGGACUGUUUUUCAACCGUUAUUCCACGCCUAUUGCGCAUCGAUGUGGAUAAUACUUUCUCUACACUACAGACGUCUCACUAGGAACCAGUUGUUAGGGGUUAGUACGAAACUAGCUAUAUAAAAGCAAAGAAAGAUAGGAACAGAUAGAUCAAAGUGUAAUUUAUCAUGCAUAUGAGAAUUACUUAUAAACUGUCAGGUGGAUGGACCGCAACUUCAUAUCAGGAAAGUAGCGACUUUCGUAUCACAAAUAUAUAUGGCUAUAAUUUGUAAGACUAAGACAAAGGUUAUUAGCUGUGAGAUGGCGUGGUCAGUACACUGGGGCCUCCUCCUGCUCUGCAUAGUGAUCCUCUACUGCCAACCAGUGUCCACCGGCAACUACAGCUCCCGGGGGCAGUCAGGUUCGUCACAGGUAAAGACAGGUACCUGUGAAGUAGUGGCUGCCCAUCGCUGCUGCAAUAAGAACAAGAUUGAGGAGCGCUCUCAAACAGUCAAGUGUUCCUGCUUCCCUGGUCAGGUCGCCGGGACAACAAGGGCAAUGCCCUCUUGUGUUGAAGCAUCCAUCGUGCGUCAGAAGUGGUGGUGUCAGAUGCAGCCCUGUCUGGAGGGAGAGGAGUGUAAAGUACUGCCGGAUCUCACUGGCUGGUCCUGCAGCUCUGGAAACAAAGUCAAGACCACCAAGGUGGCGCGGUAGCAAAAAAACCCACCUCAGCCAGUCGACUGAGACCCUGAACGUGCCACGGCCUGGCCAGUUGCCAAUCACACACAUUUUUUGCUUUGAAAAAAUUGAAGAUCUGCUUCAGUCCCCAGAAUAUAAUGAGGAAUACAAUAGCAAAUGAGCAGCCCUAUCAAAUGAGUAGAGUGACUGAUGUGAACUCAAGAGGAACGCCUAUGUCAUACAGUACUCAUCCUUACUUCCCUGACUGUGUCCUCUGAGAGACAGAGAUGGGUUUAGCCAUGGCAGCCAGCUCCUACCUGAGACUAACAGGCAGAUAAAAAAUAUAGCUUGGCAAGUCUUUCAAUGGGAUUCCAUAUUGUGUUCUGUCUUUCUGUGACAGAUAAAUGCUGAGCUGGGAAUUGCUGUAUGCAUUCAGGCUAAGUUUUGGAUGAGCCACACGCAGAGACACAACUGGACAAUGUUUCAAUAAAUAGACUGUGAACUUGGACCAAUGGCUUUAUGGAGAGAGACUCUUGCCUAGACUGUCUCAUUAAGCAAUGUGCCCUGCUAGUGACAAGUGGAAGCGCCUUCGAUUUGGGCAUUCUUAUUGAUACAAUAUGUGUAGAGAUUCAGCCACACACACACACACACACACACACACACACACACACACACACACACACACACACACACACACACACACACACACACACACACACACACACACACACACACACACACACACACACACACACACACACACACACGUGCACAGAGAGCUUUUCAUCUCACCCAGUUAGACAAGCCACCACCUGCAAGGAUGCGAUGGCAUGCAAAUAGACAGAUGCAAAACAACGGCUGUUUGAAAUGCAAAUCACGAGGAGAGGAGGAGGGAGGAAAGAAGCUUCUUCACUGCCGAGAGUAUUUACAUCACGCUUUAGUUUGUCUUUCCAACUCCCGUCUCCCAUGGAGAGGACCUCUGUAAUAGCAAUGAUGUGAAAUGGUGCAGAAAUGUCUGUGCCUUCAAGCAAAUUGUGUCUACAAGCAAAAUAGAACAUUCAUUCUAAUGUCAUUUACCAUUCUUACUUUCUGUCUUCUCAACACUUUUGUACAUCUGCGUAUACUCAUAAUAAUUGUCCUUCUUUUGUUCAUUCUUAAAGUAAUUUCAGAAUUCAGGAGCGAAGUUUUGACAUUUUACCACUACGUUGUCGAGUUGUUUUGAUGAUACAGCGCUUCAAUGAUACAGUAAACCAAUUUCUUCCUAAAGCAACAUCACAUCAUGACAACCCAUCAGAACAUGACAGACAGCCAUUUAUGA